CCUUUUUCUGCCCCUCGGCCUCUCUCUCUUCAUUGAUUCAAAACACUCAAGAAAGUCCCUCUCUCUCUAAACCCUCUCUCUUCGCCGCUAAAGAAACCAAAUACAUCCCCGGCGACUUGCAGUUUUUUUCCAGUGAUAUCCCGAUGGAUUCCCACGGCAGGAACACCGGAACAAAAACCCCUGCAAAAGACCCACAAGCCUCUCGAUCAAAGAUCUCGGAGAUAUCCAAGACUUCCGAGAAUCUCAACCCUAACCUGUCCAGUCCAAGCCCUGGUUUGAAGAAAAUGUCGAAUUCACCGGCGGCCAAAUCUGCCAAAUCUCACAAAUCGGCCCAGAGGGUCAUUUCGCCACGGAAUAAGAUUCGCGAAAGAAAGUUCGUGGUGGCGAAGAAGAAUUCGAAGAAAGAGAGAGCAGCGUCCGCAGUCACAUGUAAAUGCAAGGACAAGGUUGGGGAUAAUGCAAAGAAGUGCCUCUGUGUUGCUUAUGAGAAUCUGAGGGCUUCUCAGGAAGAGUUCUUCAAGAUUAGGGAUGCUAGGGAAGGAAGAGCUGGAGUUGAAGAAGGAGGAGGAGAAGAGAACCCGGUGAUCCAAAACUACGAAAUCGGUGAUGGGUAUGAGGGAAAGGUGGAGAAUGGUGAUGACCUGGGUGAGAUGGAGCCAUUGAGCGAAUCAGGUUCAGCAUGUGUCAAGAGAAGGAGGGAUAGGUUGUUGGAAGAAGCAAGGAACAGUGGACCUGUAUCUGGGUCUGGGAGAGUUGCACAUUUGGUUCAGGCCUUUGAGAAACUCCUUUCAGUACCGAGUACAAAGGACUCAGAUCAGAAGGAUGAGAAUGAAUCAAAGGAGAAUAAGGAGGGAAUGAGAUGGGCACUUCCUGGAUUACAGCAACCCAAGGUUUCUGAAACGCAAGCUUCUGCGUCUUCGUUUUGCCCAUCAGAGCUUUUGUUAACUGCAGAGAAACUUGGAUUGGAUUCUCAGGUUUCUUCAUCUUGGGAUAGCAGCAACGGGAGCUUUAGCAUUUCAAGCAGAACUUCUGGUGGAGGCAGAAGGAGCCGAAGAAAUAGCAUUGAAUCAUCUUGCACUGUUGGUGGAAGGGCGUGGAAGAAGAAGCAGCUCAAGGCUACCAGCCAAAAGCCAUUCAAGCUGAGAACAGAGCUGAGGGGACAAUUGAAGGAGGAAGAACUUAUGAAGAAGAUACAGAAAUUGGUGGAGGAGGAGGAGAAGCAACGGAUACCAAUUGCUCAAGGACUCCCAUGGACAACUGAUGAACCAGAGUGCUUGAUAAAACCUCCCGUGAAAGAAAACACCAGACCCAUUGACUUGAAACUCCACAGUGAUCUCCGGGCAGUGGAGCGUGCUGAGUUUGAUCAUCAGGUAGCAGAGAAGAUGAGCUUGAUCGAGCAAUACAAGAUGGAAAGGGAGAGACAACAGAAGUUGGAAGAAGAGGAAGAAAUAAAGAGAUUGAGAAAGGAGCUCGUUCCCAAGGCACAGCCCAUGCCCUAUUUUGAUCGACCAUUUAUUCCUAGAAGGUCACCGAAGCCACCCACAGUCCCAACAGAGCCAAGGUCACUGAAGCAACCCACAGUCCCACGAGAGCCAAGGUUUCACAUUCCUCAACAGAAGAAGAUCAAAUGUUGCAUGUCAUGGAAUGACAUGGGCCCCUAUACUUGCCAUCAGUAGGAGGCGAAGAAAGAAUACAAGAGAUCGGUGCUACAUUUAUGUCAUUCAUUACCAAUAAUAAUAUGAUAAUUCGUUUCUGUAUUGUAUAUGAAGCAAUCAAUUUCGUUGCAAUUUCCCCACCA